AGUUCGCUUGGGGAGCACGUGACCACUGCGCGCACUCAUGGUAUCCCUGUUAUGAAGAAGGGCCCUUGCCCGAAACGUCGCCUGUUGUACAUUUUAUUAGUUUUUUUUUAUCGAGAGCAUCGAUAGUGGCGAAUGUAUUGAGCGCUUCUUCUCAUGGAGACGGAAUGGAGGAGAAGUAUCGCGCGGCAGCUGAGACAGCGAGACCGGGGCUCGCGCGACGCGUUCGGGGAGCUCAUCCAGAGAUACACGCGCCUGCUGGAGAAGGCUGACUUGCAGUCUCUUUUGAGCGAGCGACUGCAGAAGGAGACGCAUGACGGACAGGGCCACGCGGAGACCAGCAGUAGCCAUGACGGGGCGUCACAGGGAGCGGAGAUUUCCGCUCUGCGCAUGAAGCACCAAGAGGAGCUAACUACGCUGCACAAGAUACGUGGGGAGUUGGCGCAGGAUGUGAUUGAGCUGAACCACAAGCUCUCGGCAAAGGAGCAGCAGUUGCAGGAGAUGCAGACCAGGCUGGCAGAGAGUGAGGUUCGGGCCGGCGGGCUGCAGGCCGAGGUGGAUCGCCUGUGCGCCGAGUUGGCCGAGCUGCAGGCGGCAACGCAGACGGUAAAGGACGAGUACGAGGCGCUGCAGAUGGCUUGCACCGCACUCGAGUCACGCCUGCGCCGCGUUGAGGAGGACAACCGCGAGCUGGUGGCACGCUGGAUGGCCGAGAAAGCCAUAGAGGCCGACCGUGUCAACACCGAGAAUGAGAAGGACACGCGGCGGCGCCAGGAAAAGCUGAGGAAGGAGCUUGCGGAGGCUGCACAGGAGCACGUCAACGUUGACCUAGACGAUGAUAUCGAGGUUUUGGCUGAGGAAGCGACGGAGGGGGCAGCGGCAGCGGGUGAACAACCAGCGAAACUCGACAGAGGCACGAGGCCUCCCGUGGGCUCCCCCUCCCUCCCUGGUGGAACUCCCCUCCCUGGCCUUCUCGACUCCCUCUCCAACAUGUUUGGUGUGAAUGUCCUGCAUGCAUAUGGAGCGGCACCUGAACACCACGCAAACAGCAAGAGAAGAGCCUCGUCAGUGGUGAGCGCCGGCGAGGGUCAGGUCGCUCCCUCCUCCGUGUGUCUCGCCGCCCGCCUGCCCGAGAGGGCAAUCUGCAAGUUUGACGCCCACGACGGUGAGGUGAACGCCACGAGGUUCAGCCCUAACUCACGGCUUCUGGUGACAGGCGGCACCGACCGCAAAGUGAAGCUGUGGGACGUGAUAGCCGGCAAGACGGAGUGCCGUGGCACGCUCUCCGGCAGCAACGCCGGCAUCACCAGCCUCGAUUUUGACAACACGGGCACCUACCUCCUUGCCUCCUCCAGUGAUUUUGCAAGCCGCAUCUGGACUGUGGACGACUUCCGUCUGCGGCACACGUUGACUGGUCACUCGGGGAAGGUGCUUAGCGCCAAGUUCAUGAGUGACUUUGUGAAGAUUGUAUCGGGCAGCCACGAUCGCACGCUCAAGCUGUGGGACCUGCGAAGCCGGGCAUGCAUUCGUACGAUCUUUGCGGGCUCCAGCUGUAACGACGUCGUGUGCUCGGAGCAGUGCGUCAUCAGCGGCCACUACGACAAGAAGAUCCGCUUCUGGGACACACGCUCGGAGUCUGUGCGCACGGAGCUGGAGCUGCUGGGGCGCGUCACGUCGCUGGACCUGAACGCAGAGCGGACGGAGCUGUUGAGCUGCUCGCGGGACGACUCGCUCCGUAUCACCGAGCUGCGCACCAACAGCACGCGCGUCUCUCUCACGGCGGAGGGCUUCAAGUGUGGAGCGGACUGGACGAGAGCUGUCUUCAGCCCGGAUGGACAGUACGUGACGGCCGGCUCGGCUGACGGGACGCUGUUUGUGUGGAACGCCGCCACGGGGCACGUGGAGCGCUCUCUCUCCCGGCACCACAGUGCGGCAGUGAAUGCAGUGGCGUGGAGCCCUUCGGGGGAGUACAUCCUGAGCGUCGACAAGGCCAAGCGCGCCGUGCUGUGGUCCGACUUGUGACCUCGAACUGUGAGCAGAGGUCAUCACGCUCUCGUCGCCAACCCCGGUGGGCCAGCAUUGCCAAACUGCGACCCCUGACCCCCGUGGCACCCAUCAACUCUGAGAAGAAUGGCGAAACCAUCAUGAUGGGGGCAAGAGGGGACUCCGGAGAGUCCCAACAAGGGGUUCGUUCGGGAACACUCCCUCCCAAACCCACCGGGGUGCGAUGGAAGACGGUUGCUAGGCGUUUCUACGGUUAUUGGAUGGGUGUGCAUCACCACGAUGAUUUUGGCUGAGAUUCUUUAAUGGGUGCCGUGCCUCUCCACCGCUCUCUGCUUCUAUUGCCUCCACUAACCUCCCCCUAUCUCACGUGGCCUCACCUAACCUCCCUCUGCCUCCCAUAACCUCUCCCCCUGUCUCACUUCCUGCCUCCCAUAACCUAUCUCAUUUCACCUCGCUUCACCUCCUUCUGCAUCCGAAUGCUUCCCGCGUUCUCCCCCUGUCGCUCCUCCCAUCUUUUCCUCGUCUCUGUUCACCCAAACGCUUCCUUGCUCCUCCCACAAUUCCUCCUCAUGGCUCUCCCCUACAUCCCCUCCACACCCCCCAGAGCUGAGCUUGUAAAUAGCACAAAACGAUUGUGCACUUGUAAAUAUGCACUGGGCACCUGAGUGGCACCCUCCCUGCUAGACCCCCCCCCCCCGAACUGGACCUCCUCGAGAAACGGCAGCGCUUCUCGUUAGCGAUUACCAGUCACGAUCCACCAGUUACUGAUUCCAGGUCGCCGAUGUCUGAUUACUGAUUACAUUUGUUGAGCAUAUUGCAAGACGGCCUGGUCAGAUUUACAGAAUUAAUGCAAAAGAUUCAGGGCCUUAUUCAGCACCUCUCACUGUUUGUCCACUGACACAUCCGAGCCACGCCAGAGGCCAAACUGAGCCAAACCGGUGCAGGUCAGGAGGCACCGGCUUGAUUUUCCACUGCAGAAGCUAACAACACAAGUGAUGAACGAGCGGAGACGCAUGUAGGUGACGCGGUGAUGCCUGUCCUCAGAGCGUACUGGCGUCACUACGAAUGUGUCAUUAGCCCUGGCCCUGCUUGACCCCAAGCCAGAUUCGGAUGUCUCAUGAUGUAUGUCGACGUAUCACUAUUUUGCCAGCUCGGAAAAUAUCCAGUGGAAAACCACCCGUCCCCCGAGUUUGCUACGUGCUGGUUCCGCUUGAUGUGGCGGUAGACGAGGUACGUCAAACGUCAUCAGGCGUGUGGUGUCCAUGGGAAAGGAGUGGUGGCCAUGGAGAGCAAAUUGCACAGAAGUUUAAGUACUGGAGUUGGAAGAGCUGUGGCUCAGUCCGCGUUUGUGUGGAGAGGCUGUGAAAUGUAGCCAAACAUCCCAACCCAGGACCUCCCUGAAGAGUCUUGAUCCUUGCCAUCACUUGUCAAGAGAGUCUUCCUGCUCUUACGAACAUUGGGGGCAAACAUCUCUAUUGGGCGGCCCUGAGCUAAUGGCGGAAAUUACACAUUCCUGUGGUAGGCUCGAGCCGGCGUGAGAUAACUGGCUGACUUCCCACAAAGUGGAAUACACUUUAUCGACCAUGUUCGAAUGAUUGUGAUGACGAUGAUGAUGGUGGUGGUGGCUUAAUUUCUCACUGAAUGUUUUUCGGGUCACUGGAAGCCUGGAGUAUGUUGGCACGUAACUACAGUAGCCACAGCCAUAGGAGUUAGUUAUUGGACGUGGUGUGAUGGGUGUGCACAUUUUUUACCAGGUCGCCUACGCACACAGACUCGGCUAAAAUUCAGCUUCGGGGAUGAUAGAUAUCGAUAAUGUUGGGGAUUCUAGUCAACCCCAAACCAGGGUUGGUUAAAUAUUUCUUGUCUCGUUGGAGGGGAGCAUGGGGAUCGGCGGCUGGGUAUUGAACCUGCGCCUCCAAGGUUUACGGCCUCGCCAGGCAGCGCCACCAAUAUUACACUCUCAGCCGCCGUGCAGGUGUGUGCAGGUGUUUGUGCAGUUGUGUGUGCAGGUGCACACGAAUAAACAGACCAGGAACACGUCUGGUUUAUUUUUGUA